AGCAGUCAGUGCAGGUCGUGGAGGCAGGUGUUUGUUUAUCCCGAUGGAGAUGUUACACAAUGUGGACGGUACUAGCAACAUGGAAACGGAUUCUUAGCUGGUGAAUAACUGGCUUAUCACACCUACAGAUGCCAGGUGUCUGUGGAGUGAAGCAGGUAUGGAAGGACGCUGUCACACUGGGUGAUCAUGAGUGUAUCCCCAGAUUACAGUAUGGAAUAUGACUGUAGAAUAUAACACCAGGUGAAUCUUAGAACUGACAGAACAGUUUGCAAUUAAUCUGACGAAACAGGAGCUACGAAGAAGCUGUGUUAAUCAAAGGAACGGUUGAUCUCUCAAUGCAGCUAUUAACAGAGAUCUCAUUAUUCUACAUAAUUAAUUUUGGGAUUAUGAAGAGUUCGGUCGUCGAAACGAGUAAUCCCAAGGAGAGCUAUUAAGAUACAGGCAGUGUCCGCGGUGAUUGCUGUAGUGACGGUGCCUCAUAGCUUGAGAUAAUUCACAGAAACAGUCUGGUUAGGUUUGACGUGUGGAGUGAUCACUUGACAGUAUUGUCUACACACCAAGACACUUUACGUGUGGGUACUGGAAAUGUACCUAUGUUAGGAUAGAGUAUAAGGCAAACAACUGAGCUCUCCAUGAACGGUCUAAGAUCGACUGUUCACACAGCACAGAUACAGUAAGCAACUGGGAUUAUUGGUUAUUAGCGACUGUGUGAAGAUCUCGUAGUGGACGAUGUCGCUGCUUCUGUUAAAGACGAAGAACCUGUCAUGGCAGGACCACACGUUGAACGUGGAGGUGAUGCUAUCUCCCAACCACUCGCAGCUGCUGUUCAACAAGCACAAGACGCUGGGGACCCAGUACGUGAAGGAGGUUGACCUGUAUCAGAAGCAGAUCAGCACGCUCGUCAAGGACAUCACAGUGGAGAAGAGGCUGAUGGAGAGGUACCGUCAUCGGCUGGUGUCCAGGCAGAAGGAGCUGAUCGUCCAGAGGUCCUACUCCGCCCAGGAGAUGAGGAGGAUGCAGCAGCUGGACAUGAAGGACAGGAGCAGGUCAGCCCCAGUCGGUUCAUCCCGAGACUCGAGUCCGCAACGACCACCAGGGAGGAAAUCCAGAGGUGUCUUCCUGACUGAGAUAGAGGAAGACAAGAUGGCCAAGCUGCCAGCUCUUCCCUCCAAGAGGGGAAAGCUACAAACGAUUGUUGUUUUACCCAAAACACUCGAAAAACCUAAACCCAAACCAAAGCCCCCCACCCUGGGCCCCAAGAGGUAUGUGACGUUCGGGGAGCGUCCGCCUUCUGACUCUGAAUCUGAAGAGUCAGAGGAUGAGGCAGAGCCCGAGACAGCCUACCCCUUGGAGGAGAAGAUCAAGAACUUCCUGGACGAGGUGAAAUCAUUUAACGAGAAACCUGUUCCCAAAAGACGAUUGCAAGGAUCAGCCGAGCUGUUUCGCUAUCUAAAGGAGAACGAGAGCACACCUACCAGCCCAGUGGGCAAGAGAUACAACGCGCUGACUCUCGACAGACAGAAACUUGAAGCUGCCUUUGACUCCUUCUGUAAGAGCCAGGCCAGGGAGGACUUGGUGAAAAUGAUGCGUUUGGCAGCUAAGAUGAAAGCGAACGUGUCCCAAGCAAGAAACACGUCCAUGGUUCCAUCGAUGUCGGCUAUGAAGUCUUCCCGUGCCUUCCUCUCACUGAACGCCAACAGAGUCUCUCCAUCAAACUCAAAAAGUCCUACGUAGAACCAGAAUGAUCAUUACCUUAAGCCAAUGAUCUAUAGAAUUUUUCGAUUCAGAGACUGUUAAAUUGCGAGCUUGUGCCUAAACAUUAUUUGUCUGCAUUACCAAGGAGGGCCACUGAAGGUAUGAAGGCUGGCUAUUGUUGCAGAAACAAGUGCCACAGUGUCUGGGGUUUACAGGUAUAUUCUACAGUGAAUGAGCCACCAGCCUGUCUGUAUGUCAUCGACAUGUCCCAGUGACCUUGACACCUUGUACAGACGCUGGAGUGUAUGGUCUGAGUGCAUUUAGUUUUCGGUCAGAAAUAUUCUCUUUCGUAUUUACAACAACUCUCCUCUGGCGGAAAACACACGCUCGAAACAAAUGUUUCUCGUGAGUAAGGGUACAUGGCGUUUACUUUUAUUUUAGCAGAGCUGGCUCGCUUGACUUUAAUCUGCAGUUGUACCCUCACCUUGGUUCACACUGCUGUAGACGCUUAGACUCGCCUGUAUUGAUUCAGGCAUGAGCGACGGCAGUUGCUGAUGUGCUUAACGGUGUAGUACAUUGAAACUGAAUGCAAGGAACUGGUGUACUGUUGAAAGAUACCUCUGCUCGCAAGAUCCGUGUUUUCCAUUUCGUACUUUUAUAUCGGCUGACAAUAAUGCUUCCAGAGUGACUUGCAAGUGUAAUGACAGUGAAGUCACAUACCAUGUGGCUCCAGCAUGACGUGACCGAGAAGUCACAUACCCUGUGGCUCCAGACUGACGUGACAUUGACGUCACAUAUCCUGUGGCUCCAGAUUCACAUGACUGUGGCUCCAGACUGACGUGACAGAAUUAAGUGACAAACCCUGUGGCUACAGACUCACCUGACUGUGGCUCCAGACUGACGUGACAGAAUUACGUGACAAACCCUGUGGCUACAGACUCACCUGAAUGUGGCUCCAGACUGACGUGACAGAGAAGUCACAUACUCUGUGGCUCCAAACUUUAUAUCGGCUGACAAUAAUGCUUCCAGAGUGACUUGCAAGUGUAAUGACAGUGAAGUCACAUACCCUGUGGCUCCAGCAUGACGUGACCGAGAAGUCACAUACCCUGUGGCUCCAGACUGACGUGACAUUGACGUCACAUAUCCUGUGGCUCCAGAUUCACAUGACUGUGGCUCCAGACUGACGUGACAGAAUUAAGUGACAAACCCUGUGGCUACAGACUCACCUGACUGUGGCUCCAGACUGACGUGACCGAGAAGUCACAUACCCUGUGGCUCCAGACUGACCUGACAUUGAAGUCACAUACCCUGUGGCUCCAGACUGACGUGACAGUGAAGUCACAUACCCUGUGGCUCCAGACUGACCUGACAUUGAAGUCACAUACCCUGUGGCUCCAGUUUCACCUGACUGUGGCUCCAGACUCACGUGACAGAGAAGUCACAUACACUGUGGCUCCAGACUGACGUGUCAGUGAAGUAACAUACCAUGUGGCUCCAGACUGACGUGACAUUGAAGUCAUGUACCCUGUGGCUCCAGACUGACGUGACAGUGAAGUCACAUACCCUGUGGCUCCAGACUGACGUGACAGUGAAGUCACAUACCCUGUGGCUCCAGACUGACGUGACAUUGAAGUCACAUACCAUGUGGCUCCAGACUGACGUGACAGUGAAGUCCCAUACCCUGUGGCUCCAGACUCACGUUACAUUGAAGUCCCAUACAGUGAGGCUCCAGACUGACGUGACAUUGAAGUCCCAUACCCUGUGGCUCCAGACUGACGCGACAGCGAAGUCAUAUACCUUGUAGUUCGGUAUACUGACACUUGUGUUCUGCUGGGUCGGCCAAGAUGACCCUUCAGGUGUCACUCGCCAACAGGAUCUCUGCUUUUCGUAUUUGCUUUUGCAAUAAGAGAGAAUUAACAAACCACGAAUGUGAUGUUGUAAAUAUGCAAUGCAUUUAUUGAUUAAACUUUCAUUGUUUGAAUUA